AUGCAGCGAACUCAACCAUUUCGAUGUUGGCAUGCGCUUCGACUGAGUUGCAGGCCUCGAGUCCGCUUCUACUCGAGUGUUGACAACUCACGUAGCCUGCCUCCAUGGAGACCUGGCUCCGUUCUCGACGAAUGGGUCGAGCGCGAGAUUCGGCCUAUUAGUCUGCGGCAAUUGACCUUCUUUGGGCGGACCUUAACCGAAUCACGCCUCAUUAGUUCCGCCAACUAUGUGCGAACAGAGCUGCCAACCAGAAUUGCGCAUCGACUGCGAGACAUCCAGAAGCUGCCGUAUGUGGUUGUAGCAAAUCCACAUCUUUCACUUGUAUAUGAGCUCUACUACAAGGCAUUUGAACGGUUUCGCGUCAUACCGGAGAUCAAGACUCUAGAGGAUAACGAAAGAUUUUGUGACAUCCUGCGUAAGACCCUCAAGGAGCAUCUCGUCGUGAUUCCGAAAUUGGCAAUGGGCGUUUUGGAAUGUCGGGAUCUUGUAGCACCAGGCGUGAUGGAUCAAUUUAUGAACACUCUCCUUCGAUCGAGAAUUUCCCGUCGGGUCAUUGCAGAGCAGCACUUAGCCUUGACAGAAACUUUCAGCUCACCCUGGCACUUCCCAGGCUCGCAGGACCGGACUGAUAUGAACGCAGACUUUGUUGGCGAGGUGUUUCUCAAGUGCAAUGCGAAAGAGGUGAUUGAACGUUGCGGGAAGCUUGCGCAGGAUAUGAUGCGGCAAAGCUCGAGAACAGACAAGAUCCCCGAGAUCCUUGUACAGGGACAUCUUGAAGCAACUUUCCCGUAUAUUCUGAGCCAUUUAGAGUAUAUCAUUGGCGAGCUGCUGCGCAACUCGAUCCAGGCUGUCAUUGAAAAAUACAAAGAGUCUUCCGAAAAGCCUCCGCCCAUCGAGGUUCUUAUCUGCGAGGCGCCACAACAUGUGAUCAUGCGAGUAUCGGAUCAAGGGGAGGGAUACCCCGUGAACAAAUCACGACUCGAGAAUUUGAAACAGGUCCCUGCGAUGGCAGCUACGAUGCAAGAGCUGACAGUGUCCAAGGAACGGAAACACGCCGACAGGGAAACAUACCGAGAGGGCUCGCUUGAUUCGCUCACCUCUCGUCCACCUAAUCUACGACUGGGAAUUGGCCUUCCAAUGAGCAGGGUCUAUGCAGAAUAUUGGGCAGGCAGCCUUGAGUUACAUAGCCUUGAGGGCUAUGGAGUGGAUGCGUUUUUGCAGAUAUCAAAGCUCGGCAACAAAAACGAGCAAGUCACCACGAGAGCAUCCAUUGAUGCUGUUUGA